UGGUUGCCAUGGUUUCGAGUCGAUAUAUAGGACACUUUGAUCUUGUAAUCUAUUACGUAGUAUACCUACUGGUAUAAAAUUUUCUAAAAUCGUAUAAAAAUUUUCAAUUUCUAUAAUUUCAGUAUGGCUGUAAAUAAAGUGGAACCUCUGUGGCAAGAUAGAGACAUAAAAUUUGAUCUCUCACCUGCAGAAAUGCAGUUUCAUUCUGGUGAAAAGUUGAUUGAUAAAUUAGAUUCUGUUGAAGACACCAAAGGAAAUAGUGGUGAUGCAGGAAAACUUUUUAUUACAAAUCUCCGGCUUAUUUGGCAGUCUUAUGUGAAACCUCGUGUAAGUUUAUCAGUUGGUUUCAAUUGUGUAACCAAUAUGUCAACACGAACUGUCAAUUCAAAACUUAGAGGUAUGACUGAAGCAUUAUAUAUUCUCACCAAAGUACAUAGUACGAGAUUUGAAUUCAUUUUCACAAAUUUAAUACCUGGUACAAGUAGACUCAUGACAUCUGUUAUGAGUGUUUAUAAAGCUUAUAAUUCUAGUAAAUGGUACAGAGAGCUGAAAUUAAGAGGAAGUGUUGUUCAAAGUAAACAACUGAAAGUAUUACCUCAAGAACAAAUUUACAGUAAAGUGAAUGGAGUGUGGAACUUAUCCAGCGAUCAAGGAAAUUUAGGAACAUUUUUCAUAACAAAUAUACGCCUUGUAUGGCAUGCAAAUAUGAAUGAAUUAUUUAACAUUAGUAUACCUUACAUACAGAUCGUUUCUUUGAAAGUCAGGGAAUCAAAAUUUGGAAUGGCUCUUGUGGUGGAAAGCUCUGAAAAUAGUGGUGGUUAUGUACUAGGAUUUAAAAUAGAUCCUCUUGAACGACUUCAAGAAGUAUUUAAAGAAAUUUCCAGCUUAUAUCAAGUCCAUAGUACUAAUCCUAUUUUAGGAGUUGAUUUUUUCAUUGAAGAGAAAGUUAUAGCUGAUAAUGAAGUUCCACAGUGCCCUCCAUUAGAUGAAGAUGUUGAAAUAAUAAAUACAAAAGAAUGUGAUACUUUUGCUGCUUAUUUUGCUGAUGAAAAUCAUAUACGAGAUCGAGAACCUGUAUAUUGUGAAGAACUUGGACUAGCAGUAGAAAAAAUAAAAGAUGGUUUCACAAUGAGUAGUUUGUGGGAGGUUAUACCCAGCUCCUGAAAUUUUUUUUUAAUUCCUUUAAUGCACAAACUUCACUUUAAUAGAACUUCUACUAAUUAUUGCAUGAAAUUUAAUUUUAAAUAUAUUUCAGAAUUAUAGCACAGAUAAAAAUUAAAUAUUAUAAUGUUAUUACACUACUGUUUAAAUUCUUUAUUAUAUAAAUAAUAUUAGUAAAAAUUUUUAUUCAUUAAUUCUAUUAAUGAAUUUUUUUGUAUUGUUCAUUUAAGAUGCAAGAUUAAUGUCAUUACUAGUUUAAAGCAAUAACUGAUUAUAAUUUCAGAUUGUGCAAUUUUCAUUAUGUCUGCUGUAUCUUUCUCCUGUUUUUCUCGCAUCAUGUUAAAUUACAUCUAUGUCAGUUCUGUUGUAUUUGUUAAUUUUAUUAAAAUGUUUUAAGGAAGAUAAAUGCUCAUAAUAAAAUAUAUAUCA